GUUUUGGUGCACACUUUCAAGAUGGACGCUUUCAACUCGAUAGGUUUCUGUUUCUUUUUCUACGCGGAGGACGCAGACGUCGGCUGUCCGUACCGGGGGCCUUCCGCCGGACCGAAGAAGUUUCGCAGCUAAGAACGCGUGCCGUUUGGGGAAGCGAGGGGAAAGUGAAUCAAACGCGAACAGACGUUUUCUUCGUCGUCUUUGGACCAAGGAUUUUCUAACUUCCUGGUUGUCAGUUGGAACCGUGGCGACAAGCACAGAGGGAGACUACAGGGAGCCUCGGCUGUUUUCGGGAUUCGUGGGUCGCUUGUCAUGUUUAAACCCGGGGGUAACUGUUUAAAAAGACCAGGGAAGAAAGAAGGACUGAUUUCAUAAGCAAUGGAAAGUGGAAAUGGUGCUGCGUCUGGCGAAGGUAUUUUAAUACCCGUGUCGGAAUCGUCGGAGGACUUUCAGAGCAAAAUCCUGGCUCCACUUCAGGACGCGUACUUGUACGAGGAAUCAGAGCUGUCCUUCCGAUACAAGUCUGCACUUUUAGUCAAGAACCCCGACCUGGAAGACAAGUACAACGCGUUUCGAGAGGUUAAAAGAAACGCAGGGUACUCAGAAGAGGAGCUCCAGGAAACAUACGGCUUUUUGUUGUUCGACGACGGCAGCAAGGCUAACGCGGUCGCAGAAACCGGCGUAAUCUCCGGAAACAACACUUGCACAACUUUGGGAGAUCCAGCAAAAGGUGUUUAUAUAUCCAUGUACUCGGAUUGCUUGGACCUAAAUCGCUGGUAUCAUGGCAAAUCUGGAUACAUCGCCAUCAUCAGGCUGACAAAGGGUAAAGUCAAAAGCGUUGCCGAGAACUACACACAAAAUUUCACAGAACCCACUGUGGGCUUUGACUGUCAUGUGUCGGAACAGUUGCCCACUGUGUCUGCCAAAACCAGCUCCUUCCUUGCGUUUGAGAGAACUCAGUUCUACUUGUAUGAGGCGCCACCGGAUGGAAGCAGUGGAGCAUCUCGGCCUCUGAGCGCCGCGUAUCCGUUUGCUGUUGUGUCAUUUUCGUACAUGGACACAAAAGCAUCCGCUGUCCUACAAGAGAGAAGUGAGGUGGAAAAACAGGUUAGUCACUACUUGCCAUGGAGGGGUCAGCUUCUGAUAGAGAGCCAUUUUUACCAUGUUGAGCUAAUUUCUGCUGCAGGGGCCUCUAUUCCUGCACAGCUCCCACCAGUGAUCAAGGUUAAGCAAGCCAUUCACAUGUCAGUUCUGCGAGACCUUUUGCCAAGAGCGGUUUUUGAAACAAGUUAUACUGAGGAAGUCUUUUUGGAAGGCUUUUACUGUAGUUUGUGUGACUUUGUGCCCUCCGAAGCCAACGAAGCCAACUCCUUUGCUCUGCUCCUCUCGGAGAUCAGGGAGAAAGAAAUUGCUCUUUGUGUGCCUUUAAACGAUGGAGGAUUUCUUAACUUUAUUCACUCAUCGCACUUCCUCAGAUAUGACGAUGUUGAGUCUGCUUCGGUAGAGGUUAUGAAAGGCCUCUUUUUGUUUCCUGACUCACGGGUUAUAACGAAAGACAUAAAAUCUGUAGGGCAGACCUCCACACUGUCACAUGAAAUUCUUCGUGUUCUACCAGCACUAAGCUAUGCCGAGGGCGAAGCCGAGAAAACAUCCACGGACCCAAACGACGAGCUUUGUGAGGCGUUUGCUCUGCACAUGCAAAGCUACGCUACUCUGAUAAACCCAGGAUUCCCUUCAAGUCCCCUAAGAACUUCAAGGGAGCUAAGCAUCUUUCCGGAUCAGUAUGACGUGGCAGAAGCCUACAAACAUCUCUAUUCAGCUCCCGAGUGGAAUAACAGGACAUGGCAAACCGUUACGUCCUACUUGAACAAACCAGCCUCCUUCCAACUUCCAGUUGCCAAGGUUGCAGAAAUACUGGCAUCGGGACAAGAGGAGCGAAGAGAGGAACUUGAUGAUGAUGUCUACAUCUGUCUGUCAUCACCUGAGGAGGCACCAACUAGCCCAGUUGGCAUGGAGGCAGAGGACAGUUUAGCAGACGAGCAAUCACUCAGUAAUAUUGAGGCAUCUAUGGACAUUGCUUUGCCAAGUGCUGAAUUACAAAUUGCUCCGAUACCUGUGUCUCAAAGUUUAGUGGCAGACAAUUUGCAAAGUGAAGAAGUUACCAAAGACGAUGAAAAAUGUACCGAUCUCACUGAACAGCUGAGCAAGCCUGAUGAUCCAGAGCCACUUACUCCUCCAACAUCAGAGGAUCUUCCUGCAGAGCUUAUUGUCAAAAUAACCUCCGCAGAACCAAGUGUCCCUGAUGAAGUAUCGGCAGCCAAGCAUACAGACUUUCAUCUUUCCGGCCUUUCAACCAUAGCCAAAUUACAAACGGCAGAAGUAAACGUCGUUGAUGAGCCACAAAAGGUUUUGGAUUUCUCUGUGGUCACCAAACUCCAAACGAGUGCAAAGCGAAGGAAACGACGAAGAAAAUGUUCCAAAGUGAGAAAAAAGGUUUCUAAGAACUCUGUCAAGAGUCUGUGUUUAAAGACAGUUAUAUCCUCAGCUGAGGUUGAAGAUUUAAACUGCGGGACAGAGCAGCACAAAGAGGAAUUAAAUCUUCCUCAGUUGAGAAAUCCUUUAAAACCCAAGUCGAAGAAACUUUACAAGCGGAAGCGCAGAUUUGGGAAACUAUCCUUGAAAAGUAAGAAACUGAGAGCCGCUGCCGUUGAGUCAGCCAAAAAUGGAAUGAAGAAGUCACAGGUGGGACUGGAGAGUUUGGAAAGCUCAAUUUUUCUGGGAGUUGAGCCUUUACCUUUAAGAAAGAAAACAGAGCGCUGGGACCUUAAGCCUAUCAUGAGUGAAUGUGGAAGGAUCUUGCUUCCUUUUGGCUCAGUAGACUUUUCUGAUCAUGUUAAGUCGAUGCAGCGUGCGAAAAAGGACGAGUGCCUUGAAAAGUUGUCGCCUAAUGUCCCAGUGAAACUUCCUGAGACGGUUGUAAUGGACAAACCGCUUGGCACAGCUUUAGAGACGGCAGUGGCUGAAGCUUCAGUCACAAGCUCUGCUGACGGUGAAGCCCAUCAUCUCCAUCCUGAAGACGGUUCAACGCCACCGGUUGAUGACAGUGUUCAAGUACCUUUAACUCCUAACUUAUAUGCUGCUUUUCCAGGAAAUAACGACACAAAUGGUGUUCCGCUCAAAACAGAUGAGGCCAAACGGCUUGAAAGCUUCGUCAGGGUUUCAGCAAAGGGGGAAAUCCUGCUGAGAAAGUUAAAGUCAGUUCUUUCAAGACGAAAGAGAAGCUUGGCUCUCACCCUAAAAGAGCAACAGAGGGAAGAUGCUGACCUAGAAAGCGAGGCUUGUUGUAAGAAACCCAAAGUGGACUCUGACAAUGAGACACCUAAGGGUAAUGAUGCAACUCCUCAAAGGGUCAGUGUUUCAGAAAUGGUAUCGGUCGACCCGGGUUUUGCGUAUUACUUGGGCUUGAUCCCUAAAGGAAAUCUAAAAAAGGUCCAAAAUACCAAGGAGCUGGAUACUCCGCAGAGGAAAGCUUCAACAGAGGAGAAGGACCUCCCCACCUUGGAUAAACAGCCGCAAACAGCUCAAAGCCCUCAGUCAAUUUUCACAAGGAGUAAAAUUAAGACUCUGAAAAGGCACAGUGGCAUCUCAGCUGAAAAUGUUGCAAAAAAAUGGUGGUUGCAUUUUCAGUCUCCAGCUUGUUUUACAAGUGAACAAAAAUACAAUGACGGUACUAGUGAUAAAACUGUCAGGAAGACUAUUAAGGAACACAUUAAAAGUACUUGCACAUCCACAGACGCUUUGAACUUACUUGCUGACUUGGCUCUCAGUAAUGACAAAAUCCCUUCACAACCCAAUCAAGCACUUGAAAGAACUCCUAAAGAAAGCAUGAAGGGAUGGGACCUUUCAAAAGGCCUUUCCAGUGCUGAUCAAGAGUCAGUUCUCCAUGCCCUGCUUAGAAAUCCCUCUGCUAGAGCCCUCCAGUCUCCUGCAUCUCCUUCAUCGUGCCCUCUUGAGGCAGACAAAAAAUUGGUUGCUUUGAUAUCUAAAGAUCAUGCUUACUCACUGCCCCCGUCUUCCUUUCUACUGUUGGGUUUGCCAGGUACAGCCUUCCAGGUACCACCUUUACAUGGUUCAACCAGACUGCUGAACCAUCACCGCACAAUAUAUGGUGAUGGUACUAAAACACUACACCCUUCUGUCAGUAUGGAGGACAUGAGUGAACAAAACAAGGCCGCAGAAUACCGGAACAAGCUCAAGCAAAAGGUCAAAUUCUCUCGCACCAUUGUAAUAAAGGAGAAAAAUAUCGUAGUCACUAGACAAUGGGAAGAAAACUACAACUUCAGCCUAGACAGCAGGUUUACUAGUGACCCAAGGAACAAAGUCGUCAUCCGAGCUUUGCAUGGGCCAUGGGAUUUAUCCAUGCAAGACACUACUGAAGAGACCAAGCUCAUCUACCACAUGUGGAUAGGCUUGUUUUACAGCCGAUCAACACCCAGGUUCUUUCAAAUGGAUUCGGCUUUUAUGCAGCCGUGUUCACAGGAACGUGGGUCCCUGGAAAUGGGCAGUGGAGUUUUAUCAGGCCAAACUAGGCCCAAGUCUUUGAUCAGUACAGCUGUGACUCUUUCAGGUCCAACAAAAACUCCAGACCUGGUGAAUUCAAAAGUGUUGGACCUCAGCAAAAAAGAGACCACGGUCUCUGAACCAGAAUCUCAAAUUCUGUGUUUGUCAGUGAAAAGCUUAGAUGCCAAGCCUGUUUCUUCAGAGCAACAACUCGCCAAACAAGUGAUGUCCAUGUCCAGUGAGCCCUUAAAAACCAAGAGUGCUGUAACGUCACCAGCAGACCUACAGGAGAAAGAAACAUUUCAGUUCAAUAAAGAGAUGGUGCAUUUUGGAAAUAUUUCCAAUGAGGAUAAGGAUGUUAACACUAAAACAGCUGAAGCUGAACACGAGGUAUGCUGUGUUGAUCACAAAGAAAUACCAUCUUCUACGAGUGACGGCACAUUAAGUCAACCAGAAGAGAUGAAGAAUAUGCCCCUUAAACCUGAAACUGCUGGAGUUACAUUUGAGAUUGAACCUGUGCUUCAUGAAUCCAGUAAAGAAACCUGCUUCCAGAAUGUUGUCAUUGAACAUGGAAAGGAUGCUGUGAAGAGCUUGCUACAAGAAGAUGCAUGGUGCUCAGCAACAUCCGUUAUGGACAAGGAGGUAAACUCCAACAUGGAUGAAAGCAAUGUGACGCAUCCUGGUGUGCCUGAUGACGUCAUACUAAAAGCAAAAGAAAGCUCACAAAUGGGGAACAACCCAUGCCAAGGUGGCAAUAGAAAUCCUUCUGUAGAUACAUUGAACACACAGAAUACGUUUGUCAACGACGAAGAAUCUGAUGUCGUCUGUAAUGGCAAUGUUGCAAAUGAGAAGCAGUUAAAUGAGGAAAGUCAAGCCUCACUUGACAAGACUAGCAAUCUGGAAGGAAACAUGGAUUGUUGCACAAGAUUUACAGAAAACGAGUUUGAAAAUGAAAAUGAUUGCUUGAAAAAAGAUGGCGAAGAGGGGGAAACCUGCAUUUCUGCAGAUCACAUUGACAGAGAUUUGAGAAAUCAGCUAUUACCCAAGCCGUGUGAUGGUCUUGUACAUCAUUGUUACAGUUCGGAGAGUAGUCUGAUACAAAUGAAAGAACGACUGUCGUUUUCUGACGGCAAGGAAAAUGCUUGCUUGGGUGUAGAUCCCAUUGUGUUGAAAGCUGACAGUCCCACUUUUAACACUCCACCAGAUAUUGCAACUAAAUUUGAAGACACUGCACCACAGGUAAAAUUGUAUAUGAACAAGACAGACUCUCAGAAGAUGGUGUUGCCUGUGUCUGAUGAGGAUAGCUAUUCAUUCGAGGACUCCUGCAAAGUUCCAUGUCUUCCCCUGGACGAGAACAGAGUUGAAUGCCUAAAUGACGACAAAGCAUCAGACCUGAAUUUAAACACAUGUAGUAAUGAUUCUAAAAGUCCGGAAUCCAAUUCAGCACUUGAAGAGGAAAAUAUUGACAAACCCUUGCUGCAACCACAGGAUUCCCCAUCCAAAUGUGAAGUUAAUGAUGUGUGUGAGGUGGAUGAACAAUUGACUGGCACAAAUUAUCCCAAAACAGAAGAAACGAGUAGCUCGCAAAGCAAAAUUUUGAAUUCACUUCUAAAUCCAUGCAUUGCAAAAUAUGUGUCUGGAGAAAAUGUUCUAUCACAAGAUGAGGUAGAAAAAGUCGUUCAAGUUGUUACUGAGCCUAUAGCUCCCCUGCCUGACAAAAUGUGUGGCACAUCAGAAGUUAGCAGUAAGAUGGGAGAGUUGUCCCCUUGCAAAAUACCAAUUCUUGAUGAAACUUGUACACCAGAAGUGUUUGGGAAAGAGUUUGUUAGCAGGUCCCCAACUACUACUGGUGAUGAAAAACAUGUUUUAAACUUAUGCUCAAGGCCCAGCAAUACGAUGGUUGUUCUCAGUGAUGGUGAAGACUGCCAAAAUGUGACUGAAAACUCAACACUUUCUACUGAUGAGGUGAAUUUUAAGCAAGUACUCCAACCCUCUGCAGGUGGCACCAAUCCUAUCUCCCCUUCUGAUCUUGGUUCUGAUGUCAAAAUAAGAACGCUUCGAGUUUUGCAAAGUAUAAACACAUUUCUUUCCACAUCCAACAAUGUUGACAUGUCUAGUCGAAUUGAAACGCCUGGCCAAAAAAUAUCUUUAGACACAUCCAUUUCGUUGAGCAAGAAAUCUGUUGCCCGUUGCUUGGGAUUAAGCCACCUUUCAGGUGGUUCCAGGAACAAGCAAACAAAAAACCAAAAGGCGGCACCAGGUUCCAGCUGUACUUUGCAAAAUCUGUACAGAAAACCAGCUGACGUACCUACGUCUUGUGUUAAAAGCAAAUCUGAGGACUUUCCCAGUGUAAAAAAACAGAUGACGAAUAAGCACUUGUCAACUUCUCCACAUGAUUUUAAAAUUGCAAAUAGCCAGGAAACGCCAGUAGACCCAAAUUUCCAUUCCUACGAAACUGUUGUCUCUGAAGGUUUGCAAGAGGAGCAGAAAACAUCACAUUCCAAUUUAAGUAAUGAAUCCCAUCCUUAUUCUCAGCAUCUGGUCAGGGCAGUAAAGCCAUCCAAAAGUGAAGAAAGUCAGGCACACUGUCUCUCUAAAGACAUGGAUCCUAAAAGUACCUCCCAAAGUAAACAAGCUAGCAGCCACGUAGCCAAAUACUCCUCACCAACCUCCAUGUUGUUAAGGGAGACAAAACAGCUGUUUAAAGAAAAUUGUGAUAGGCUAAAUAACAGUGUGUCUGAGCCUUCUUCCAAAACCACUCAGUUGGCAAAAAGGAUUUACAGUAAAUACGUAGAGGAAGAUAAAUUUGCGCUAUUAAAUUCUCAUCAUCAGAGCAUGAAAAAAAACAUGUCCAAGCACAAAACAACUCCAUCAUCUUCACAGUGCUCUAAAUCUAAAGGAAAUAAUGAAUUCUGGGGACAACACCCUAAGUUCAUGAAAUGCAGUGUAAAUGGGACAGUGGAGGAUAAAACCUUGCAUGGUAAUCAGGGAGACAGCUCAGAGAAAUCCUUAAUUUGUGACAAAUAUGAUACCCUAAGUGAAGACAAUCACAUUGCAGGUCUUCACACUUCACUAAAAUGUACAGUAUUUAACACUGGUCAAAAGAGAUCUUACUCUUUUUUGGAGCAGGUCUCUCAAAGGUGCCUUAAAAAUGACCUCACUCAGGCAUCAAUGGAACAAGAGUGCCUCAUCUUUUCAGAGCAGAUGAAAAAUCUUAUAAAGAAGAGGAAAACGGAACCCCUAUACCAGCCGGAUACCUAUGACAGUUCAGUAUCUCGUACUAGUCCUUUGACCAUCAGCUUUUCCAAUCUUGAGGAGGAAGAGGAUUCAACGCAGAUUUUGGACAUUCCUGUCUUUAGACAAAAAAUAAAGGUAGAUAUGUCUGACAGGAAAGACCGGACAGCAACCACCGAGGAAGGAAGGGUGUUCCAUUCGGUAUCUCAGGAUGAAAACAACCCAAUGAAAUAUACUGGGAAUGCUGCCAUAACUGCAGAAUGUGCUAGACUGUACAAUGCAAAGAUGAAAGAGGUUUGCUCCGCCAAAAAGAUCCUGCCCAGACCGAGACAAAAAAGAGGUGGCCCGAGUACUGACACAAGCAGCCAUUUUGACUUCUGUGGUCAAAUGAAGAAAGAACUGGAUGAGACCUUUUGGAGUAACCAGAAUGCUGUUGUGAAGAGGGCCUGCAAGACGAAGUACAGAUUCCACAUACUGGUGACGUCUGAUGAGUUCUUCUUCAAAGAAACAAAGGCUCAGAUGGAGGCAGAGGGCCACACUGCUGUGCAGCCAUCUGAAUUUUUCCUUGGCAAGGACAGUUCUUCAUCGCUGGUCAUCAUCCUCAGAAACGAAGAUAUCGCAGACCACAUUUGUAAGAUUCCACAUUUGCUCAAGCUGAAGAUGACCCCAGGUGUGCUGUUUGCUGGAAUCGAUGAACCGGAUGAUGUUAUCAAUCUCACCCAUCAAGAGCUCUUCACUCAGGCUGGCUUUGUAAUGUUUGACAGAGCAGUGCUGGAGCCCCUCAGCAUUUGCAACUUGCAAAAGAUCUCUAAAACCUUGGAAGAGCUCGGCAGAACGGGGAAGUGGAAAUGGAUGCUACACUACAGAGACAGCCGUCGCAUGAAAGAAAAUGCAAGGUUGAGUGAAGAGGCAAACGACAAGAAGCUCUUCAUGUACUGGUGCCAAGAUGCUGGUAUACUGGAGGUCUUGCCUUACCACGAGUGUGACCAGAUGGCUAAAGGUCAGCCAGACUAUCUCGCAUGUUUGCGCCGACUUCAAGUCCAUCACGUAUCGUCUCGUUUUGCUGUUUUUGUAACUGAUUCAAUGACAGACGGUGCCUUUGAGAAGAAUGGGAUUUUGACAAUGACUUUGGACACUUUCCUGACAAAAUCUGCAACAGAAAUCUUCAGAGUCUGACCGAAAGAAGCACAACGGACGAUCAGGGUUACUCUCUAGAACGUGAAACAAUCUUAAGCUCUUUUUUUUUUAUGCACAGAAGACCUUGCCACCAGUAAGGGUUAUUUAAAAUGCCUACUACAUGAGUAGUUCAUCAUUAAUAUUUGAAUAAAUUAACUGUUUGACUUCUUGGUUUGCAACUUUUGUUUUACCAUUUCCUGUAUAGACCUGUUAAUGAUUCAAUUUUUGAAUAGAUUGGCUGUAUUGCCAAAUGCUGGCAGCUGUGCUGUUUGAAUGCAUCCUUACUUAAACAUUGUACAUGAAAUUGUAAAUCUACUUAAAAUUGGUUUAGAUGUUUGUGUUUGACAUGACAUGCUGAUUGUAUAGUUGUUGUUUUUUUUAACAAAGCAGAGAGGCUAUAUGUGUCUUUUUAAUAUGUAUAUAUUACAUUAACACUUAUUCAGUAUUUACUAAGUUUAUUUAGUACAACAGCCCAUCCGUCAUCUAUACCCACUUAUCCAUGCCAGGGUGCUGCUGCUGAUGUCCGGCUCUAAUUGGGCGACAGGCGGGGCGCUCCCUGGAUGGUUCACCAGUCCAUCACAGGACAACCAGCCACACGCACACUCCUACCUAAGGGCAAUUUAUCGUAAUCGGUUAGCCUAAACCAUGUUUUUGGACUGUGGGAGGAGCCCAGGAGAUGCCAGCUGCUUCGCUGUAACAGUGGUUUGUCUGGUGUGAUGUGUAAACCAGUUCAAAACCCUGUUUUGAAUCUUGGAAAUUGCAUUUCUGUUUGCCUAAUGGCAUUCUGCCUUAACUUUAUAAAUCUAAAUCUUUUUUUAAAACUGGGACAAACUCUAUUUUCUCAAGUAGAUUUAUUGAAAAGCCGGCAUUAAAGUUAUACAGGGAAUCUGUUUACAGUAACGGUGUCUGUAGAAAACUUGAACGGGACACAAUAAAAGGUAUGGUGGGGUUUCCCACAACCUCUGGAAAUGUUUCAGUUCUGGUCAAGUUUGGGGGAGAAAAAAAAGCUUUAAUUUCACUCUUGUCACUUUAUCCACUUGUUAGAAAUCAGAAUUAUAAUUUUUUUAAUAAGUGUUUUUAGCUGGUAAACUACACAUCCAGUCUUUGUUCAGCACCUGCAAAGUGCCUUGCAGAAGUAUUUAACCCCUUGAAUGUCCCCUCAUUUCCCCUCUGUGAUCAACCAUCACAAACUAGAGCAGUUAAAUGUUCUUUUUACAAAUAAAAAAAACUUUAACGUG